UCCUCCUUCUCCUCAUUGCAGCCCGUGCGGUCUCACUAACUAUCUCCCGUCUCACCGCCAGCCACUGGACUCCGCUCCGUCUCCUCCAUCGGAUCGCUUCCCAGAUAGUCAGUCUGAACGUGUGGAAUAAUCUGUGAUCAUGUCCUCAGUGCUGCAGAAGCUGAUAAGCCCUCUGGCCAGUAGCCCUGCUGAGCCUCCCAGGAACAAGGUGACGGUGGUCGGCGUGGGCCAAGUGGGCAUGGCCUGUGCCGUCAGCAUCCUGCUGCGGGACUUGUGUGAUGAGCUGGCUCUCGUGGAUGUGAUGGAGGAUCGCCUCAAGGGAGAGUUGAUGGACCUGCAGCAUGGCAGCCUCUUCCUGAAGACCUCCAAGAUAGUCGCUGACAAGGACUAUGCAGUGACAGCCAACUCUCGAUUGGUUGUGGUGACGGCCGGCGUUCGCCAGCAGGAGGGUGAAAGCCGCCUUAAUCUGGUACAGAGGAACGUCAACGUCUUCAAGGCUAUCAUCCCUCAAAUAAUGAAGUACAGCCCCAACUGCACACUCAUAGUGGUCUCCAACCCUGUUGAUGUGCUGACCUAUGUGACCUGGAAGCUGAGCGGUCUGCCCAAACACCGUGUCAUCGGCAGCGGCACCAACCUGGACUCAGCCCGCUUCCGCUACCUAAUGGCCGAACGCCUCAAUAUUCACGCCAGCUCCUUUAACGGCUGGGUGCUGGGAGAGCAUGGAGACACCAGUGUGCCAGUAUGGAGCGGUGCUAAUGUAGCCGGAGUCAAUCUGCAGAAGCUGAAUCCUGAUAUUGGCACUGAUGGUGAUAAGGAACAGUGGAAGGCCACACACAAGGCUGUAGUGGACAGUGCCUACGAGGUGAUCAAGCUGAAAGGAUACACUAACUGGGCCAUCGGCCUGAGUGUGGCAGACCUGACGGAGAGCAUCGUCAAGAACAUGAGCCGUGUCCAUCCUGUCUCCACCAUGGUCAAGGACAUGUAUGGUAUCGGUGAGGAGGUCUUCCUGUCUCUGCCCUGUGUGUUGAACAGCAAUGGAGUGAGCAGCGUGGUCAAUAUGACCCUGACGGACGCCGAGGUGGGCCAGCUGAAGAAGAGUGCCGACACGCUGUGGGGCAUCCAGAAGGAUCUCAAGGACAUCUGAACACACACACACACACACACGAAACGCACAGAUGAUGCAGAGAAGCCUGCCGACAUGCACACACUACUUUUUUAAAAUCCCUCUCACUUAGAAUAUAUCGAUCUUAUUUUAUAGGAGAAUAUCAGUGUUUUAUAAAGAUUGUUCCAGUGAGGAUUUUAGUUUAUACAGCCUCCAGCCUGAUUUGACUGUUUUCUUAUCAGUGCUGCAUUAUGUCACUUUAUUUCUUUUCUGUUACCUUUGAAUCUAAGAAACACUGGUAGUCUCCUUUAGAAAAUAGAAAGACUGCUCUUUAACAGUCAGUAGGCUGAAGUUACUGUGUUAGUUGCUGUGUUCUCUUUCAGCUGUUUGGACCACAAUCAAAUGCAACCCUCAGAAAGCCAAAAAUGUCCUCUUCCACCACUUACUGUAGUAAGUCCUUCCUUUAGUUACCAGCAGGGAAUCACUAAGAGAAAGACCCUAAAUGUCCAAAAGGAUGUUGUUUUCCUCCUGCCUUCAUUGCCUUCAUAUGGAAGUACUGUGCAGGAGACAGACAGUAAACAGUGAAAUGUGACGUUGUGCACACAGUGUGGUGGUGGAUGUGUCUUUCCCUCCUGUUUCCUCAGUGUUAGCAAAGGGAAAUAGAGUAGCAGGGGAGUAAUGGAAAUGUCUAGCUUAAAUUGUUUCACAAAAAAAUCAAUUUAUACUGUCUGACCUUGUGUUGUGUUUGAAUUAAUAAAUUUGAACCCGAUGAAGCGUAA